UAGGAACUAUUUUGCUGGAUGCCAAUGUUGGAUGCAUUUGCAUGAUAGAUGAGAAAAUGGGGCCAAUUGUUGAACUGCACCGACUUUCAAGUGGAGUGCAUGGUGAAGACGGAAAAACAACUCGAUUGAACGCUCCAUAAACCAUCCGGAGUUGUGAAAACCAUCUCGGACUAAACUUAGUCCAACGUGACUUUUCCAUAUUGCUUUCAGACUGAAAAAACAUACAUACUGGAGCCACUGCUUCGCGACAUCUCCGUCUAUGCCCAAGCAACUGCUGCCAGUAACGACCACCAAUUAUAGUUAGAUUUCCUCCCUCUCCUAGGCAUACAAAAGUAAAAAAAAAAAAUCCUCCACGGACCCCGGCGUCCUGGGCCAACCAAAACAAUCUCUAAUCACACACCAAACCCAAAAGGCAAUGGGACAAGAGAAGACAAGAUGAUCCGCCGUUUCCGCAGCGCCACAAAGCUGACAGCCAAGCUCCCCCAGCCAACCCUUUUUAGCAAGUUCAUCAGUAACCUGAAUUCGACCUCUUAUGCUAAGCCAAACAAAAAUCUUUUGUUUUAGUGGAAUUUUAGCUUUCCACAGAUCACAGAGGCGCAAAUCCACAACCCCACUGUGUAACAUCGCCUCAUAGAGUGAUUUAGUCGAGUAUUUUUUGUUCUUGGUGAGUUCCCACCGCCCCACAUCUCUUAUCCGCGAGAGGGAAACUGGCUGCAGCAACUCUAGCAAAGCCAACCACUCCCCUCCCGCAGCACUUCUGCCACAGAGGCCUCCUGUUGAUUACUACAAGCAUAAAGCCUAUGAAACAUCACAUCCAGCGGGGCUGCCCCAACCCAAGUGUCAGACCAGAACCGGGCCACUGUACCAUCACCCAAAGUAUAAGCUGCUCCCCAUCUAAACCACUCUUUCACUGCAUGAAGUCCUUCCCAAAACUGAGAAGUGUGACAUCUCCGUCAAUGUCGUCACGCGGAUCCGGGAAUUGGUGUGUUGACCCGGCACCAGGGUCCUGCACUUGUCAGUCGUCGUCGUCACGCGGUUCCGGCAAAUAUUCCGGUGUCUCUCGGCACUGCACUUCCCACGGUUUUCUCCCAGCGUCAGUCUCAUCGAGUGUCGUCCAUCCAUCCGCGAUCAUGGCCGGGCACCUUGCUGCAGUGCCGGAGGAGAGCACCAACGGCUUCACGGCUCCCCACACGCCGCGCAACGUCUACCGCAAGUUGAUCCAGGGAGUUGUCGCGUCCGGAGGGCACUUCAGAUCGACUCUCUUCUCCCACUCGAGUCACAAUGGAUCCAGCAGCUCCAGCCAUAACGGAUCCAGCUACUCCAGUCAACCUGGAUCCAACUACUCCGGCUGCUCCUCCGCCAUGGCAGCGGAUGUUAAGAACAGAGAGAUCCUGACAGCGGACUUGGGCGCCCAGGAGCUUACGGAGAUCGCUCACCGGAUGGUCAGCGACGGGUACACCCAGAGCAUGGUCAGAGCAUACAGUGGUGGCCUGGACCAUGUGCUGGAGAGUUGGUUCUUCGAGCUCGACGUGGACUGGGUUCUCCGAAUCGCCAGGGCCCGUGGCUCAUGGUUCAAAGACAUGCCGGCACCAUUUCAAGUAUAUUCUGCCGAGAUGUGGAUCCGAGCCCUCACCAUAAUUGCUGCCAGUAUGAAAGAGGUGGUUGUCACUGUCCACGAGACAUCUGCGGUUACACGGCUUUGCAAAGCUAGCAUCUCGGCAAUGCUCGUAUUCGUCGACGCCGUUGUCUCAGAUAUCAAGGUAGAGAAGCUGGGGGUCGUGCUAGACAUGUUUGUAUGUGUCUCCGGUUUAUCACACUUGUUUACGCCGGUUGUGAUUUCUACAGAAGAAGCCGAAAGCACUUUCAACGAGAUUGGUGUCUCAUUGGAGGGAGAAGGAAACAGGUUAAAAGAGGCCAUAUUCAGCACGAUGGAGGAGGACGAUUACUUGUGGGCCAUUGGGAUCCCCCAGGGAAAAGGCGAGGUUCACAGGAACACUUGUUUGAUGGUGAAUUGCAUCAUAUCCAUGGUUAAAGCACAAGGUUCGGCACAGAAGUCCGCAUGGAGCCACGACAUCAAAAGCAUUAGUGACCUGAUAGAUGAUUCCGUCCAUUAUCUGAAGGAUCUGCUCUUGAGAAAAUCGGAGCUAUGCUCAGAGCCAAGCCUGAGGUACAUGUUCCUGCUCAACAAUUCCUAUUUUGUAGCACUGCUGGUUGAGCCAUGGUCUAGAUGCGAGUUGGGACCUACUCCUGAAUGUGAAAAGUACAUGAAUAGCUAUCUCGAUGUUUCUUGGGGACCUGUGCAGUCCCGCAUACCCCACAUGCCGAAAACGGCUUUCAUUGAUGGACAUCUCGAUGGCAAUCUUGAUGAUUCUCGGGGUCGAGGACAGAUGUUGUUUUGCAUACCCAAGAAGGUUUUCGAUGGCCCGCUCCAACGUUGGAAGAAUACCUCUCCACUGGCUAAAUUCAAGUCUGCGUUUCACAAAACAUACCGGUCCCAGAAGUUUUGGAAGGUUCCAAACCCUCAGCUCAGAGAUACGCUGCGGAAAGCUAUCAUAGAGAGAGUUAUCACAGGUUACCGCAACUACUUGGAGGAGCAUCCGGAGCUAGAGAAACAUGUGAGCGGCGGAAGCAGCAGUCCCGACGUCUUGGAGGAGAUGUUGGGAGAGCUAUUUGAAGGGUGAGAACUGCAUCAGCGACAUGGCCGGGCAUCAAGCAGAGUCGCCAGAUAAAUAAGAGGCCAGAGUUCAUGUUUCGUCGUUAUACAUUUGGAAUUUUUGUCCUUUUGAAGUGAAGUUGAAUUUCGAAUUUGGUUUCAUGCUAAAGCCCAAGAUACUUCAUCCAGUGGCCAUAGUCUGGGGGUGUGUUCUAAUUUGAUUUCAUAUCCUGGUUCUAUGUCAAUGUCAUGCAUAGACAUUUGCCAUGUUUAGGUCUGGUUAUGCAAAGAUUCUGUACGCCCUUUCAUCUGGUUCAGUAAAACUUAAGUUUGCAGAUGAAAGGUCACAAAAACGUGUAAAGUGCACACCAGAAAUUAUAGGAUGGGGAAAUUCCAUCACGAAACUAGUUACACUUUAUCUGUAACUGUAAUACUUAUGAAUGUUAAUUUAUUGGCAUUUCUUAUGCUACAAGUUGUAAGUACUUCGAUGUACAUCUGACUAUUUAUGCACCAUCA